AUGAGUGAAAUUCCCCAAUCUGUACAAAAGGAGUACUCAAAUCAAACAGAAGAAGGGUCGAUUUCCACUGACUUGAGUCUCCUUGUUAUUUGGUCCCUGUUGUUGGUUGUGUUGCUGCUGAAACCCGAUUUCACAGUAGACGGCCAACAAAUUUACUUGAACAACAAACAGCUGGACUGCUAUAACGAUCCCAACUUCACGGAUGGGUAUGCGUGCAACGGCGUCCAAACCUCCUGCCAAGCAUUCCUCACCUUCAGAUCCAUUCCUCCUUUCAAUUCUCCCUUAUCCAUCGGCUUACUCUUGGGCUCCAAACCCAACCUCAUUGCCAACUUCAACAACAUGUCCAACUUCGACACCAUACCCACAGACACCCUGGUUCUCAUCCCGAUCAAUAAUUGUACAUGUUCCGGUCCUUACUACCAGUACAACACCUCCUACAAGCUCAGCAGUGAGUCCGACACCUACUUCACCGUCGCCAACGACACCUACCAGGGGCUCACCACCUGCCAGGCCUUGAUGGCUCAGAACCCUUACGACAGCCUUAAUCUGACGGUGGGGCUCAACCUGGAGGUGCCCCUCAGGUGUGCUUGCCCGACUUCCAAACAGAUAGCGGCUGGGGUCAACUACUUGCUCACUUAUAUGCCCAGCGAGGAGGACGACACUUCUACUAUUGCCGAUCUAUUCGGUGUAGAGGAGCAGAGCAUAUGGGACGCAAACGAGUUGACUGAAGAAAGCAUUACAUUCCCUUUCACACCCAUUCUGGUUCCCCUUAAGACCAAGCCCACUCAAAUUCACCCACCAGUCUUUCCGCCUCCAGCACCGUCUCCCCAGACACCCAUUACCGUCAAAGCCGGCUCUGGGGAAACCAACAAAAGGUGGGUAUUCGUGGGUGUUGCCGUUGGAGCUACUGCUUUGCUUGUCCUCUCCGCUUUUCUGCUUUGGUUCUUCUGUCGCCGCCACUCUCAAAACAAGGCACUCAACCCACUCCCAGCUUUGUCCACACCCGCCAAGAACGAAAGUUCCUGGUCUGUUUCUACUCAAGGGGUUCGUUAUGCCAUCGAAUCCUUGACCAUAUAUAAGUUUGAUGACAUACAAAAGGCUACCGGGUUCUUCGGGGAGGCCAACAGAAUUAAAGGCUCAGUCUACCGGGGAUCCUUUUUGGGUGAUGGUGCCGCUGUUAAGGUCUUGAAAGGGGAUGUCUCCAGCGAGAUCAACUUGUUGAAGCGGAUCAACCACACCAACAUCAUCAGGCUCUCUGGUUUCUGCGUACACAGCGGGAACACCUAUCUCGUUUACGAAUACGCAGAGAAUGGGUCUCUCACCGAUUGGCUUCACGACAACAAGGAUCCACGCUCUUCCCCACUGGAAUGGAAGCAGAGAGUUCAGGUUGCCUAUGAUAUGGCCGAUGCUCUCAACUACCUCCACAACUAUAUCAACCCUCCCUACAUCCACAAGAACUUGAAGACCAGUAACAUUCUUUUGGAUUCUAACUUGAGAGCCAAAAUUUCCAAUUUCGGUUUGGCAAGAACGCUGGGGAUUCAAGACAGAGGAGGACUCCAACUAACGAGACAUGUGGUUGGCACUCAUGGUUACAUGGCCCCCGAGUACAUGGAGGAUGGGGUGAUUACUCCAAAGCUAGAUGUGUUCGCGUUUGGGGUUGUCAUGUUGGAGCUCUUAUCCGGAAGAGAAGCCAGUAGUGGUGCUGAAAUGCAUGGAGGGGAUCAUGAGGAGUUGCUGUAUGCAUCCAUAAGACGGGUGCUUGAUGGAGACAAUGUGAGAGAGAAACUGCGAGGCUUCGUUGAUCCUUCUCUUAGGAAUGAGUACCCUCUGGAUAUAGCCUUCUCCAUGGCCCAGCUAGCUAAAAACUGUGUUGCUCAUGAUCUAAACUCUCGGCCAGCAAUGCCAGAAGUUUUCAUGACUCUCUCAAAGAUUCUUUACUCCUCAUUGGACUGGGAUCCAUCUGACGACCGUCAACGUUCCGGCACACUUGGUCAUACUAAUGGCAAAUAGACGAUCAUCGAUGAUGCUCGAGAUUGCGAAAUGCAUAAUAAAAUACUCAUAUAAUUAAGUCGCCCAACAUAAUAUUAUGCGUUUAUCCUUCAUAGUAGUAGGGGAAGCCUAUUAUGUAAAAUAAUUAUUGAUAAGAAUAAAAAUAAUUGAGGGGAUGUAAGGAAAUAAAAGAGAGGAAGGGAUAUCGUAGAUCUAUGCUGAUUGAGCUUUACAUGUUUACGGACGUCUAUCCUAAACAAUGCCCAAUAGAAUGCCUCUUGAUUAUAUUAAUUUGAAUAUGCUUGUACCACAAUAAGAGAUAUUUGUAUUGAGUAUA